GGUUCUCCCGUAUUUCGGUUUCUGUUCAUUCGGUUAUACUCAACUGCUGGUGCAACAUCGUUUUUUCCGUUAAAACACGAGACCUAUCUCUCACAAUUGUCAACUCGUUUCCGGGAAUUGUUUUUGCAUGUUUCAAUAAUUGAGAAAAAUGUUUACAUGUAGAACAUUGAGUGAAACUAUUCUCGUGGUAUUUUGCGUGUUCUCCCUUUAUUUUUUGGCACCUGUGAGGGGUGAGAGUGUACCCGUCACCAUCAAUUCACGAGGGCUUUCGAGUCUUGAAUGGGGCCACCACUUGGUGCGCGGGGAAAAAGACCCAUUAUUACCCGAAAAUUACACGUACGUGCAUCUUCGUGGGAAGCGGUUCGUGUCUCUACCAAAUGCAGAUCGAAAGUUGAAUAAACCUUAUCAGGCGUGUAUAGCGCCCGAAGAUAAGAAGGGACACUGCAGGCACUUGGACCAGUGUGUCCUCAAAGACUUUCAGAGAAAUUUCACGAGAUUUCUUGAUUACAUUUGCAUUAUAGAACAUUCGUACGUUGGCGUCUGCUGUCCGGACAGUGCUAAGGAGGUUGUACAAACCAACUCUCCCGCCUCAGAGAACCUCAUCGGAUUUCUGCCAGCAAUUGCAGAUGUCGACGAGAGGCCUAUUUGGGAUGCUGUACCUCAACCGAGUCAGAAUGCCACGAAAUCUGAGGACUCGGGGGAGAGGCGAUCGAGGGGUCCCCGAGGAUGUGGUAUGAGUGAAAAGAGCUCCACCAGAAUUGUGGGGGGAAGACCCGCUGGUCCCCGAGAGUGGCCGUGGAUGGUCGCUCUCAUUCGUACUGAUACUGAUCAUUACUGCGGAGGGGUGCUAAUUACUGACAGACAUGUUCUCACUGCCGCUCAUUGCGUCUACGGAAUAAAACCCAAAGAUAUUAUCGUUCGACUGGGUGAAUACGACUUCUCAAAACCCGACGAAACGCGCGCCGUUGAUUUUGGAAUACGCGAAAUAAGAAAGCAUCCGGAUUUCGAUGCAUCAACUUACGAUAAUGACAUUGCGAUCAUCAAACUACACAGACCCACGGUAUUCAACACUUACAUCUGGCCGAUUUGUUUGCCGCCAACGGGUUUUGCCAUCGAGAAUAAGAGUGGUAUAGUCACAGGGUGGGGAACUCAGUAUUACGGAGGUCCAGCAAGUUCGAUUCUAAUGGAAGUAGCGGUACCUGUGUGGCCCCACGAUCUGUGUAGGCAAACAAUGACACCCAAAAUAUCCCCUAAUACCCUAUGUGCGGGUGCCUACCAAGGUGGACGGGAUUCAUGUCAAGGUGAUUCAGGUGGGCCUCUUCUCCAUCAGUUGGCUAACGGACGUUGGGUAAACAUAGGAAUAGUCUCAUGGGGUAUACGUUGUGGUGAGCCAGGGCAUCCGGGUAUCUACACACGUGUCAGCUCUUACCUCGACUGGAUUUUCGCAAACGCCGUCUUCUAAUCUUCUUCCACAAACUUCGAAACAUCCGAAAACAAUCAAACUUUAUUAUAAUAUAUUGAUUGGUACAUUAAAAGAAGUUUUUUUUUCAUUUUUAA